AUGCCGCCGAGCAUCCUGGCAGGCAGGAGACCACUUGCUACCUCAUUCGAAGGCAGACAUGGCAGUGUGCGGUAUUGGGUGAAAGCUGAAUUGCAUAGGCCUUGGCUUCUACCAGUAAAAUUAAAGAAGGAAUUUACAGUCUUUGAACAUAUAGACAUCAACACUCCUUCGUUACUGUCACCCCAAGCAGGCACAAAAGAAAAGACUCUGUGUUGUUGGCUUUGUACCUCAGGCCCAAUAUCUUUAAGUGCGAAAAUUGAAAGAAAGGGCUACACCCCAGGUGAAUCAAUUCACAUCUUUGCAGAGAUUGAGAAUUGCUCUUCCCGUAUGGUAGUGCCAAAGGCAACCAUUUACCAAACGCAGGCAUUCUAUGCCAAAGGGAAAAUGAAGGAAGUCAGACAGCUUGUUGCCAACCUCCGUGGGGAAUCCUUGUCAUCUGGCAAAACAGAAACCUGGAAUGGCAAACAGUUGAAAAUUCCGCCUGUUUCCCCUUCAGUCCUUGACUGUAGUAUAAUCCGUGUGGAGUAUUCACUGAUGGUAUAUGUUGAUAUUCCAGGAGCUGUGGAUUUGUUCCUUAACUUACCACUGGUCAUUGGUACCAUUCCUCUACAUCCAUUUGGUAGCAGAACAUCAAGCGUAAGCAGCCAGGAUAGCAUGAGCAUGAACUGGCUUGGUCUGACUCUGCCUGAAAGACUAGAAGCACCUCCUAACUAUGCAGAAGUGGUCACAGAGGAAAACAGUGGCCUUGCUCCUGUAGCUGCUUUUGAUGAUUUUCAGAGAGCACUGCAAGGACCAUUAUUUGCAUACAUCCAGGAGUUUCGUUUUCUGCCUCCUCCCCUAUAUUCAGAAAUUGAUCCAAACCCAGAUCAGCCCACAGAUGAGAUACCAUCUUGCCCCUCUUGUUGA